UAGGACUGAUGCAAAAUGUGUGUUUUGUUUUUUUUUAAUUUAUUUUUUAAUUUUAUUUUUUUUCCUGUUUUAGAUAAUGAAAGGGUAGUGGAGCUGCUACAGGCAAUUAAAGAAAAGACUGUGACCUUGGAUACCAUCAGACAUGCUCCACAUCCACUGUGUAAAAGUCCUCCAACUCAGAUCUCUAAUCCUGCAUUCUCCCAGCCUCCCUCUGAACCAGAGGAGCACCACAGUGUCAGACCACGCAGCCCCUCCUCACAUUGCCCAACAUCCCCCAAUGGGCAUCCAAAACCCCUUGGGGACACAUUAAGACCAAAGGCACCCCCUUCUCCAGCUGUCUACCCAGACAAGGCCCGGGGGCCCAGUGAGGGACCGAUCUCAAAGAGGAGCUCCAGCCUGCUUAACAGCUUGAGGCCCCCACUCCCCCUGCAGGCUAAAGAAGGUCAUCACAGCAUCAAUGGACGCACACAACCACGGGACUUCGCCCCAGAGGAAUUUGCCCAGCAGUUCCACGAAUCUGUGCUACAGUCCACUCUGCAGAAACAUAAAGGUGGAGCCGCAGGGGUGUCAGAGUCAUCCCACCUCCAGGAGUCCUCUGUUCACUACAACAUUCCCGAGCUUCAGGGCCCUCCUGGCCGACCACCACAGCCACAUUCACAGUCCCACUCAACUCCACAGUCAUUUCCACAUCCACUUUUGCACUCUCACCCUCAGCCCAACGGGCAGCACCUCUCGAUGCCUCAGCACAGGGAGGCAUCGGGGAUGAGGGAGGACAUGUCUGGUCCAGAGGACUCUGAAGAGGAAGACGAGGAGGAGGAAGAAGAGGCUUCAGUUUUCAAGUGGCAGGGGAUUGAAUCUAUAUUUGAAGCUUAUCAGGAAUAUGUGGAAGAGCAAACUUUGGAGCGACAAGUACUGCAGAGCCAGUGUCGAAGACUAGAAGCUCAGAACUACAACCUUAGUCUAACUGCUGAGCAGCUGUCUCAUACCAUGGGGGAGCUGAUGUCCCAAAGACAGAAGCUGGCAGUGGAAAGAGAGAAGCUACAAGCAGAAAUGGAACACUUCAGGAAGUGUUUGACGCUGCCACAGACACACUGGCCAAGAGCCGGCCAUUAUAAAGGUUACCCUCCGAGGUGACCAUGACGCUGAUUUUGAUAGCCCUUGGGCCCCAGCCUCCUCCCCUUUCAGACUGACUCCCAGAGUUUAUUUUUAAUGGCCUGGUCCUCAUAGCUCCAUGGAGGAUAAUACGGCUGGCUAGAUACGAUGAAUGAAUGAAUGGAGUGAAUGGAUGGAUAGAUAGAUAGGUGAAUGCAGAGGAGACCGGACCAUUCAGUGAAGUACAGGCAGUCUUUGGAUUAUGGGUCAACAGGGACUGCACCACAAGCCACUAAUGUGUGCCAAUGUAGCCAACUCCAAGAUCAGUGAGUGUAUGGGGCAGAAAAACCUGAAGAUCAACAUGACACCUGCUUUUCAUUCUUCAGUCCCUGCUGCGCUAUUGUUCAGUCCCUGCAUCCCUCACCGCCACAGCUACACAGACAAUCCUGCCAAUGAGGGAGCAGCUACCCCCAGAGGGGGGUGUCGUUACAAGACUUGAAAGCUCCAAAUCUCCAAAUGAAGACCUUUGGUCAUUUGGGACUGAUUUAUUUUCUUUUUUCCUUUUAUUUUGUGGCCACAUGAGCUUUUGAACUGGAAAUGCACUUAAUAAAAGCUGAAGAACUACCUGGUGGUACUGUGUUACAACAAAGAACUGUUCAAAUUAGGGAAGAACUUAGAAAAUGCACAUUUUUGGAAAGAAUUAAGUAAAUGUUUUAUUUCGAAAUAGAAAAUUUCAAAAUAAGAAUUUUAAAAGGUGCUUAAGCCUUGUAUUGUAUAUAAUAUGAAGACUUAAAAAGAAUUUUGUAUGUUUUUAUUACUUUAAUCAUUGUUCUUUUAAAAGAAAAAGC